UGCUGUUCAUGUGUCCCGGCGAGGCGUUGCGGACCAACCGUGUGUGUGUGCACAUAGAGGAUGGCUCAGUGCUCAGGUGCAGGCAGCAGAACCAGUCAAGCAGGCAACAGGACCAGUCUUUACACCCAGACAGAGCUUUUUGCUGUGCUGAGGGCUGGAGAUUGAGCCCCCUUUUUUGGACCUCCAUCCCUGAAGCUCUCUUAAUCUACCUGUAACUAAGCUUUCUUUUAUACAGUAUUCUUUAACAAGAGGACCAUUUCAACUGUGUGUGGAUCCUAAAUGUUUAAAGGAAAUUCUUCUUUUUGUAUUUGUUAUAAUUGGCACUCAUUUUACUCUGUGAGCCCUGAGUGGAAGCAGCUGCCUUGUCAGCCGUGGAUUUUGCGGAGGUGAAAGAGAGGAGUAUGUCCUGUCUGUGCCAUGCCCCAAACUGGACCUUAGUGGAUAGCUGCUGAGGGAAAUAAGGCACAAAAGAGAGAGCCAAAUCUUUAAAACGAGGACAGGAAAGUCCUUAGACAAUCUCCCUCUCACACACCUGUGAGGGCUCACUCUCUGACAAAAGAACAGCCGAGAAGAGGAGGAACAAAAAGAUAAUUAGGAGCCAAGAAGAUAAGGCUAAAGGGGAGACUUUGGGUCCAGACUCCCUUCCUUCAUUCAUCCCUCCUUUUUCAGUUCCCACCUGUGUGGAUUAAUUGGGCUGGAGAACCAUGGCGCAUGCCGCCUCGCAGCUGAAGAAAAAGGCGGACGAGAACCUCGCUGCGGAGGAAGAGAAGGAGAAGGAGAGGAAGAAGUCAAGGAAACGGUCACGCGAACCGAAGAAAAAGACAGACGUAAACGCUUGUUAUCUGCGGGCUGCUCGGGCUGGCAACCUUGAGAAAGCGUUGGAUUACCUUAAAAAUGGGGUCGACAUUAAUAUUUGCAAUCAGAAUGGCCUCAAUGCUCUCCAUCUGGCCUCGAAGGAGGGCCAUGUGGAAGUGGUGGCUGAGCUCAUCAAGCAGGGUGCCAAUGUGGAUGCUGCUACUAAGAAAGGAAACACUGCCCUCCACAUAGCUUCUCUUGCUGGACAGACAGAGGUGGUGAAGGAGCUUGUCACCCACGGUGCCAACGUCAAUGCUCAGUCUCAGAAUGGCUUCACUCCGCUGUAUAUGGCAGCGCAGGAGAAUCACUUGGAUGUGGUGCAGUUCUUAUUGGACAAUGGCUCCAGCCAGAGCAUCGCCACUGAGGAUGGUUUCACUCCGCUGGCGGUUGCACUGCAGCAGGGCCAUGACCAGGUAGUUUCCCUUUUACUGGAAAAUGACACCAAGGGGAAGGUCCGCCUCCCAGCGUUGCACAUCGCUGCACGUAAAGAUGACACCAAGGCUGCCGCCCUCCUCCUCCAGAACGACCACAAUGCUGAUGUGGAGUCUAAGAUGAUGGUGAAUAGAACAACAGAGAGCGGUUUCACUCCUCUGCAUAUUGCGGCUCACUACGGCAACAUCAACGUAGCAACACUGCUGCUUAACAGAGGGGCAGCUGUGGACUUCAAGGCGAGGAAUGACAUAACACCGCUGCACGUAGCAUCCAAACGUGGAAACAGCAACAUGGUGCGACUGCUGCUGGAGAGAGGGGCCAAGAUAGAUGCACGCACCAAGGAUGGUCUGACUCCUCUUCACUGUGGCGCCAGGAGUGGCCAUGAGCAAGUAGUGGAGAUGCUGCUGAACAGAGGAGCUCCAAUACUGUCAAAGACCAAGAACGGUCUGUCUCCUCUUCACAUGGCGACGCAAGGCGACCACCUCAACUGCGUUCAGCUGCUGCUGCACCACGACGUGCCUGUGGACGACGUGACAAAUGACUACCUGACGGCGCUGCACGUUGCCGCCCACUGUGGGCACUACAAGGUGGCGAAGGUCAUCGUGGACAAGAAAGCCAAUCCCAACGCCAAGGCACUGAAUGGUUUCACUCCCCUGCACAUUGCCUGCAAGAAAAACAGACUUAAGGUGAUGGAGCUGCUUCUGAAGCAUGGAGCGUCUAUACAGGCUGUCACAGAGUCCGGUCUGACGCCGAUCCACGUCGCAGCUUUUAUGGGACAUGAAAACAUCGUCCACCAGCUAAUCAACCAUGGGGCUUCACCAAACACGAGCAAUGUGAGGGGGGAGACGGCACUCCACAUGGCAGCGAGGGCGGGACAGUCCAAUGUGGUCCGGUAUCUGAUUCAGAAUGGAGCACGAGUCGACGCCAAGGCCAAGGAUGACCAGACUCCUCUGCACAUCUCAAGCCGUCUUGGUAAGCAAGAUAUUGUGCAGCAGCUGCUGGCGAACGGAGCAUGCCCAGAUGCCACGACCAACUCUGGAUACACUCCCCUACACCUAGCCGCCAGGGAGGGGCACAGAGAUAUAGCUGCAAUGCUGCUGGACCAUGGAGCUAGUAUGGGCAUUACUACUAAGAAGGGCUUCACUCCUUUGCACGUCGCAGCAAAAUACGGGAAAAUCGAGGUGGCCAACCUGCUGCUGCAGAAGAAUGCUCAGCCUGAUGCUGCUGGAAAGAGUGGACUAACUCCACUGCAUGUAGCAGCACACUAUGAUAACCAGAAGGUGGCGCUGCUCUUGCUCAACCAGGGAGCCUCACCGCACGCUGCUGCAAAGAAUGGUUACACUCCACUACAUAUUGCAGCUAAGAAGAAUCAGAUGGAGAUAACGACCACCUUACUGGAAUACAGCGCCUCUACCAACUCUGUAACGCGGCAGGGCAUCACUCCCCUGCACCUUGCAGCACAGGAAGGAAACGUGGACAUUGUGACGCUGCUGCUGGCUCGGGAUGCUCCUGUUAACAUGGGCAAUAAGUCUGGUUUGACUCCACUUCACCUGGCUGCCCAGGAGGAUAAAGUCAAUGUUGCUGAGGUCUUGUGCAACCAAGGAGCCUUCAUAGAUCCAGAGACCAAGCUUGGAUAUACUCCACUUCAUGUGGCCUGUCACUAUGGCAACGUGAAGAUGGUUAACUUUCUGCUGAAAAAUCAGGCGAAGGUCAACGCCAAGACAAAGAACGGCUACACACCUCUCCAUCAGGCUGCACAGCAGGGACACACACACAUCAUCAACUUGCUGUUACACCAUGGAGCAUUGCCCAAUGAACUCACUAAUAAUGGAAACAGUGCUCUGUCCAUUGCAAGGAGGCUCGGCUACAUCUCUGUUGUGGACACACUCAAGGUGGUCACAGAGGAGACUCUGACCACUCAGACUGUGAUCGAGAAGCACAAAAUGAAUGUCCCUGAGACCACGAACGAGUUGCUGGACAUGUCUGAUGAUGAAGAAAUGGAUGUUGGAAAUAUCUGCAUCAGCUAUUCCUGUGACGAUGCGAUGACGGGGGACACGGACAAAUAUAUGGCCCCCCAGGAUCUGCGGGAACUGGGUGACGACUCACUGCCUCAGGAUGGCUACAUGGGCUUCAGCAUUGGUGCACGAUCUCAGAGUCCAAAAGUCAGUUCUGAUAGGUCCAACAUGCUGAACCGGAGCUCGUUCACACGGGACAGCAUGAUGAUAGAGGAGAUACUGGCGCCGAGUAAGGAGAUGAUGCUUCGUAAGGAAAAGUCUUUCAUUGUAGAGCAACACAAUAAGCAUUUGGCAGCGGCUAAAGACUUUGACAGCGACUCUCUGAGGAGGUACAGCUGGACUGCAGAUGCACUGGAUAAUGUCAACCUAGUGUCCUCACCAAUACACUCCGGUUUUUCCUCUCCGCUCCCGCAGUACGACAGCAGGUUCCUGGUCAGCUUCAUGGUCGACGCCAGGGGUGGUUCUAUGAGAGGAAGCCGUCACAACGGCAUGAGAAUCAUCAUCCCACCCAGAAAGUGCACAGCGCCCACCCGGAUCACGUGUCGACUGGUGAAGAGGCACAAAUUGGCGUCGCCUCCCCCGAUGGUGGAAGGAGAAGGCCUGGCCAGCAGACUUGUUGAGGUCGGUCCCGCAGGAGCGCAGUUCCUCGGUAAACUACAUCUCCCCAGAAAGCUGCCAGCCCUUAAUGAAGGCGAGAGCCUGGUUAGUCCCGUGCUACAGCUGGGACCCAGAGGAACUAGAUUUAUUGGGCCUGUGAUAGUGGAGAUCCCUCAUUUUGGCUCGAUGCGGGGUCAGGAGAGAGAGCUGAUCCUGCUGCGCAGUGAGAACGGAGAAACCUGGAAGGAGCAUCUGUACGACUGCAAGACUGACGACCUCAAUCAGCUCCUCAAUGGCAUGGAUGAAGAGCUGGACAGUCCCAACGAGCUGGAGAGGAAGAGAAUCUGCCGCAUUAUCACCAAGGAUUUCCCACAAUACUUUGCAGUAGUGUCUCGUAUCAGACAGGAGACGCACCAGAUGGGACCAGAGGGCGGGACUCUGUGCAGUCGCAGCGUCCCAUUGGUUCAGGCUUCCUUUCCAGAGGGAGCACUAACAAAGAAAAUCAAGGUUGGAUUGCAGGCUCAGCCGGUACCCGAUGAGGCCGUGAAGAAAAUCCUUGGUAAUCGAGCAACCUUCAGCCCCAUUGUUACCGUGGAGCCAAGAAGAAGGAAGUUCCAUAAGCCAAUCACCAUGACAAUCCCAGUCCCGCCCCUCUCAGGGGAGGGGCUUACAAAUGGCUACAAAGGAGACUAUACUCCCUCCCUGCGCCUUCUCUGUAGCAUCACAGGUGGUACAUCACCAGCACAGUGGGAAGACAUCACAGGCACAACUCCUCUCACCUUUGUUAAUGACUGCGUCUCCUUCACCACUAAUGUUUCUGCCAGGUUCUGGUUAGCAGACUGCCACCAGAUACCAGAGACGGUGGGCCUGGCCACGCAGCUCUACAGGGAGCUGAUCUGUGUGCCCUACAUGGCCAAGUUUGUGGUGUUUGCUAAGAUGAAUGACCCAGUGGAGUCCAGCCUGAGGUGCUUCUGUAUGACGGAUGACAAGGUGGAUAAAACCCUGGAGCAGCAGGAGAACUUUGAGGAGGUGGCCAGGAGCAAAGACAUAGAGGUUCUGGAGGGCAGGCCUAUAUAUGUGGAUUGUUAUGGGAACUUGGCUCCCCUGACCAAAGCUGGUCAGCAGUUAGUUCUUAACUUCUACGCCUUCAAGGAGAACCGGCUGCCUUUCUGCGUCAAGGUCAGAGAUCCCAGUCAAGAGCCGUGUGGUCGACUCACUUUCCUGAAAGAAUGUAAGAUCACGAAAGGCCUUCCACAAACUGCCGUGUGCAACCUGAACAUCACGCUUCCCGCAGUGAAAAAGGAAACGGAGUCAGAUGCCGAGGAUGAGACUGAAAAGCCAGAUCGACAACGUCAUACCUUUGCAUCCCUAGCCUUACGUAAGCGCUACAGCUAUCUGGCCGAGCCUGCACUGAAAACAGCAGUUGAACGAAGCGCAGCAACAAGAGCAUUGCCUGCUGGUUACCCUCACAAACCUGUCUUUCCAACCAGACCUUGCCCACCAUGGUCGACUGCUCCUAUUACCGUCCCUGGCCAAACAAGGUCCGUCGGAAUGGGGGGUGCCCUCAUCUCUACCGAUUCACCGGCAGCCUCACCAGCUGCUUCUCCACUGAAAUCUACUUGGUCCCUCUCAGCCCCAUCAGCUGCAUGUCCCACAACUAUAAAAGUUCCACCAGCACUUACCCUGUCAUCCCCAGUCAAAUCUGCCAGUGACAUAGCGUCCUCAUCCCCCAUCCGUUCUUACAGGACUAUGCCCUCACCCAUUAAAACUGUAGUCCAGCAGGGUCAGUACCCUGUCCAGGGAUCUACCAGCUUUGUGUCCUCUGGAAGUCCAUGCAAACCUGCCACUGAUCCAGCUUCUAUCAAAAGUCUUGCUUCAGCAUAUACAUCAAGGACUUCUCCACUUCACUCAAUGCCCAAUGGUUAUAUACCAGAAAAGUCUCCAGCUCCUGUUCCUUCUACAGCAUCACCAAAGACAUCGUACAGCAUGUACAGUUCUAAUCUACCUUUUAAAACUGCCCUUGGGUCCACAGUUGUGACAGAUGCAGGGGCCCAUACCCUUUCUUCUGUUAAAAGCAUCUCCAGUCUGUCCUCUUUGAAAACAUCUGUAGACUCAACACUCUCAUCCCGAGGAGGGAGGACAUCCAUCUCAUCUCUCUCCUCCACUGGCCAAACAACCAUUGCUUCUUCAGAAUUGUCCAUGAUGAAUGGAUCUGUCUCACCUGUAAAAUAUCCAUCCUCUUCGUCCACUCCAUCCUCCCCUUCUUCACGCCUUGUUUCAGAGAGAAGUAGCAGCCUUCAAGAGAGGAUCCAGGCCACCACCCAGGCAGCAACCUCUGGUGUCAGCGCAGCCAUAAAUGAGGCUAUAGACUCGUACUCUGUCUCAGGCUACGGCACUCUUAAGUCACUGUCGUCCUCACGUAGAUCUGCAACAGCAAGCUCUGCUUAUGGUUCUCUGAGAUCUGUAGCUGCCUCCCCAAACACGGCAGUUUCAUCUAAUACAAUGACUGUGCCUGUCUAUUCACUGGUUAAUGUCAUCCCAGAGACCCCUGCCAAACCAGGACCUGGGUCUCUUAAGAUGGCUCUUCCCGACCCCUCUCGCACCUCAUCAUCUUCAUCUUCCUCUUUGUCUUCCUGUGUUACUACAACAAAAAUAAAUUCCCAGUUAAAAUCCCCUCCAUUUAUCACACCACCCAUUAUCCACCCGACUGCAGCUUCUAACCAGGAGAUAUUAAAAGAUGUAGCAGACAUGAAAGAAGAUCUGAUUAGGAUGACAGCUAUUCUGCAGACAGACACACAGACUGCAGCUAAAACUGUCCAAACAUCACAUACUGGCACUCCCAAAGAGACUAAGUUAGAGGAAGAGGAGCCAUAUACUCUAGUGGAGAAAGUAAAAGAAGAUUUAGUCAAAGUCAGUGAGAUAUUACAGAAAGAUAUCAUUAGUGAAGCUAAAGAAAGAGCCUCAGAGGACGAAUGGGAAGAAUUUUCCAAAGAUGAGAUUGAAGAGGCGCAAAGAAGUGCCAUCUCAGACUAUUACCCUCCUUUUGAUGAACACACACUUUUACUUAAGCACCAGUCAAGCAAAGAGUUAGAAUUGGCUAAAGUAGUAGACUUUUUAACAAAUGAUAUCGGUGCUAGCUCUCUCUCAAAAAUGGCAGAGCUGAAAUGUAGGUAUGAGGAAGAGGCAAAAAGGGAUGGGGAAGAGAAACAGAAACGUGUUCUCAAGCCAUCCAUGUCAAUACAGGAGCACAAACUCAAAAUGCCUCCACCAGUUUCAGGCAUGCUCAGAUCUCCCUCAGAGAAGGACCUAAGCAAACUUGCCGAGUCAUAUCAAGGGUCGGACACUAUAUUGGAAUCGCCAGAGGAUCUGUCUCAUGAGCAGGAUAAGAGUCCUCUGUCAGACAGUGGGUUUGAGACCAGGAGUGAAAAGACACCCUCUGCUCCCCAAAGUGCAGAGAGCACAGGACCUAAGCCUUUAUUCACAGAUUCCCCUAUCCCCCCCUGCGUAACAGAGACCAGGACUGAAGUAGUCCAUAUUAGGAGCUAUGAGCAGCCUGACGAGCUUUGUGAGCCUGGACUAAUGGAAGAGGCUGCAACUGCUCUCCCUGCCAUAGAACCACCUGAAGCAAUUUCAGCAAGCUCCAGUAAAGCCCUACAGAUGAAAAUGCCUGAAGAGGACUCAAUGAAAAGCAUGUGUCUUAAAGAGGAAACCCACAUUACUACUACUACCAGGAUGGUCUAUCACAAGCCCCAACUGACUGACGGUGCAGAGAUGAUAGAGGAGGCAAUGUCAGUUAGAGAUAUCAUGAAAGCUUUCCAGUCAGGUAGGGAUCCGUCUAAAGAUUUUGCAGGCCUUUUUGAACACAAAGCUAGCCAGGAUUCUGUCAAAGGUGAUGAGCUCACUCCUAGAUUUCUUGACAGAGAUGUUAAAUCCAAACCCAAAGUUGAAAGGAUAAUUGAGGUUCACAUUGAGAAGGGCCACAGCACUGCAGAACCGACUGAGGUCAUUAUCAGGGAAACCAAGAAACACCCUGAGCUUUAUGUUUACAAAGGUGAUCGGGGGAUAAAGGAACUGACUGAUUAUGAUGAAGCCCAACAAGAAGAAGAGGAGCUUGCUGUUGAAGAAUCCCUGCCCACCUUCCUGGAAACAUCUCGCGUUAAUACUCCGGUGUCACAGGAAGAAGACAGUCGUCCGAGUUCUGCUCAACUCAUAGCAGAUGAUUCAUAUAAAGCACUUAAACUGUUGAGCCAGCAGUCCAUAGAAUACUGUGAUGAUGAGCUAUCAGAGAUCCGAGGCGAGUCGUACAGGUUUGCUGAGAAAAUGCUUCUCUCUGAAAAGCUUGAUGCGACAUCACUGAGCCAAUCUGACACAGAGGAUUCAGCACUGGUUUGUGACAAAAUCCGCCACCUGGGUACUGAAGAAAGUAGUAGCCGUAGCACUGAGGGUGCAAGUCAGCAGCAAGGAAGCCCCAAAAGAGAGUUUGUCUCAAAGUCAUCAAAAGAUGGGUCUCCUAAAUCUGCUAAAUUCCUGCACAGGGAUGAUCCAUCUCAGUUUGAUAAGGUAACAGUGCUCCAUUACUCCACAGAACAGGGCAGCCCUAAACAUGCAGUUUGGAUGCGUUUUACAGAGGAUAAACAUGACAGGAGCAGGGAUAAGUUACUGUACGAGGAUAGGGUGGACCAAACUGUAAAGGAAGCUGAAGAAAAACUCAGUGAAGUCUCACAGUUCUUCCGUGAUAAAACGGAAAAGCUCAAUGAUGAGCUUCAGUCUCCUGAGAAAAAGCCUAUAAAACGAGAGCUCAAGGAUCCUAGGUCCUGGCCUAGCUCACCCAGCAGCAGCCCAGAGAAAACCCAGCAGAAACCCAAAGCAGAAGAGGUGUUCAGUAGAAGCAAACUCAGGGAGCCUUCAGUUGGUAAAAUGUUUGGCAGCACCACAGCAGCUGAAAAGAAAAGCUCUAGUCUACCAAGCAGCCCACAGAAAACUGUUCUCUCUCAUACUAGUGAGGAUAAAAUCAAACAACAGACAAAGUCCUGUGUGUCUGAACCCUCCUCUCCUGCUCAUGUAAAAUCAACAUCCAAAGUGAGUGAAGUGAGAAAGAAGUUUGAAUCGGAGGCUCAGAAAGUUAGUCAAAGUCAGUCUAGUCCAGCCAAAAUUCCUCCUCCAGUACAGCCAAAACCGUCAAUAAAGAAAUUGCAGGAGAGCAAACUUCCCGUUUAUCAGUUUUUUGCAGGAGGAAAAGUGUCAAAAGCACCUGAAACUUCAGAAGAAGUAAGCCCAAAAAAGGAUGCUGAGAAGGACACAAAUGGAAGUAAACCUGGUUUGAUAUCAGCAUGCCCAAAAGUCCCAAAACUAGACAAGCCACCUAACAAAAACAUCUCAGAUGCCUCUGUACAAAUCAGUGAAACCAAGACAGACAAAAUAAGCACUAAAGGGAAGGAUAGUCCAUCCAGUGCAACUCAGGCAAUUAAAGAAAGCAAUAAAAGUCAGAAAGUUCAAUCACCUAUAAUUCCUGACAGUGCUAAAAUUCCAGAAAAAGCCACUGACAGUAAAAAAUACCAACAAGUUACAAAAAGUGAAAGUGCUUCCAAAGAAAUUAUAACUGAGCUAUUCAAAAAGGAUGCAGAGGAAACACUAAAUAAAAAUCUUAGAAAAAAGACAGAAUCUCAAAUUCCUGUUAGAAAUACAUCCCUCUCUUUAGAUAAUGACCUCACUAAGAAACCAACAAUAACUAGACCCUCACAGAUACCAACACUACCUAAAACCAAAGUACAAAGUCAUGAGACAGUCCCAGCCAAAACAGAUCUAACAUUUGAAAUUCUUGAUAAUGCGCCCAAAGAUUCAAAUUCCAAUAACCUUCCUAGCCCCAUAGAAAUGUUGGAGAAAGUCAUAACACCUCCAACUGCUUCAACAACCAGAGAGAACUUCAAGGGCAUAAAAACAUUACCUGUUUAUGUUGGCGUUCAGGUGGGUAGACAGGCAGAGAGGGAAGCUAAAGGAGCACUGUACAAUGUCAAACAAAAAUCAAACCUAGCCCUAAGCCCCAUAAGCCCAGAUGAUGACACACUAGAGCAGGUUUCUUUCAUUGACAGCUCAGGAAAAAGUCCCAUUACACCGGAGACUCCCAGCUCGGAGGAGGUCAGCUAUGAUCUCACAUGCAGGACCCCUGAUGGCUUUAUGGGAUUCUUGCCAGGGAAACCAAGCCCCAUCAUGGAGGUAUCUGAGGAAUCAGAGGGAGAUGACCAGGGCAAGGUUUUCUCUUUUAAAGAGGCCCUACCAGAAAGUAAAACCAGUAUUUACUCUACCCAAGCAGACAUAGCUAAUGCCAAUAAGGAAGAAAUAAAAACUGAUAAUCAACACGAGUUGAGCAUCAGCAAUUUAAACCAACAUGAAAGAGUCACUGGCAUGCAUGACGAAAUAACAGGACAGGAGAAGCAACAAGCAUCAAAAGACAAAGGUAUUGCAUAUAUUGAGUUCCCUCCCCCUCCUCCUCUGGACUCAAGUUCAGAAAUGUCAGACCCAGAGAGAAAAGGUUCCUGUGCUUCUUCCGAGACCGAGACGGAAAUGAUGGAGGUGAAUUUGCAGGAAGAACAUGACAAGCAUUUCCUGACCGAGCCAAUUAUACGAAUACAGCCCCCAUCCCCAGUGCCCCCUGGGGCAGAUGACAGUCAGUCAAAUGCUGACGAAGAGGAUGAUGAAUCAAUCUUCCAACCCAUUCCUUGCAAGAAAUUCACUUCUAAAGUUUCUGAGGAGGAGGACCAAAAGAAAGAGAAGGAAAAGGCAUCUAAAUCCAAAAAACAUGACAAAAAUGGAAAUGGGCCCAAUGGUGGCACGAAUGGCACUAAUGGUUCUAGUAAUGGCUCAAAAGUUUCAAAUGGCAAAGGAGAGGACUAUGAAUGUGAACAAAAUGGAAAUGACCAGUCAAUUACAGACUGUUCAAUUGCUACCACGGCUGAAUUUUCCCAUGACACUGAUGCGACAGAAAUAGACUCCCUCGAUGGAUAUGAACUCCAAGAUGAGGAUGAUGGCCUGUGUGAGCAGGCAGACUUACGGCUGUUUGGUCUUCCAGACAGCCGGAGAGAUGUCUGGGCAACAGAUACAUUUAGGUCCUCUGAUCGCUCUUUUCCCCAGACUAAACUGGAGGUUAUUGAAGAGGAAAAAACCCCAGAGGAAUGUCAAAAAGAUAUUAUUGAUAAAGAGAUGGCCUCAAAUGGUGAAAAGACUGAUGGUGUUAGUAAAGAUGGAGCUAAAAGUCAGGAACAAAAACUUUCAGAUAAAGAGGGGUUUUCAGACACUUACUUUAGUUAUAAGAUAGAAGAGGAGUUUAAUUCUCCUUUUAAGACUGUUGCCACCAAAGGGCUGGACUUUGACCCUUGGCCCAGUAAAGGUGGAGAAGAAGUCGUUGAUAUGGGAGGGACACGGGGAAACAAUGGUGAGCCUAAGCCUUUUGGACUGGCAGUCGACGACCAGUCCCAGGCCACAACACCAGACACUACCCCAGCCCGAACUCCAACGGAUGAUAGCACGCCGACGAGCGAGCCAAAUCCAUUCCCCUUCCAUGAAGGGAAGAUGUUUGAGAUGACACGCAGUGGUGCGAUUGACAUGAGCAAGAGGGACAUGGUGGAGGAGAGGCUCCAGUUUUUUCAGAUUGGCCCUCACAGUCCCUGUGAGAGAACAGACCUCCGCAUGGCGAUAGUAGCUGACCACCUUGGACUCAGUUGGACUGAGCUGGCCAGGGAGCUGGAUUUCUCUGUGGAUGAGAUCAACUUGAUCAGAGUGGAAAACCCCAAUUCCCUGACGGCACAGAGCUUCAUGCUCCUAAAGAAAUGGGUGCACAGGGACGGUAAAAAUGCCACAACGGAUGCUUUAACCGCGGUGCUGACUAAGAUCAAUCGGUUGGAUAUUGUGACUUUGCUGGAAGGGCCCAUAUUUGACUACGGUAACAUUUCAGGCACACGCUGCUUUGCCGAUGAUAACGCAGUAUUCCCGGAUCAGUCCGAUGGCUACGACAAUAUAGAUCUGGAGCUCCAAACCCCCUCAGACCUCAACUACGUGCCCCCAACCCCACUGCGCUCAGACGACUUCUUUAGCGAGGGCGAUCCUUUAGUAGAGUCCCCUAACAAGUCCACGCUUACUAGACCUAGCGACCUCUCUCUCACUCAGACCACCAGCACCUCCAGCAGCGACCCCCUCACAGUGGCCCCGGGUCCAGGCUCCACUGCCACAGAGCUACCUAUUGCUGGGCCUGAAGAUACAGAAACUGAGAUGUUUACCGAAGAAAAAACAGGAUUGGUGUGUGUAGAGAGGCCAGAUAAUGACAGACGGUUGGUAGAGCAAUCAGGAAAGGAGACAGAAGAAGUAAAAGCAGGAGACCAUCUUGUUUUGGAGAGUCAGGGAGGGGCCGUAAAAGAGGAGGCUACCGCAGACACUGGUCUUGGAAAUGGAGUGGAGGAAGAAGAGGAGGAAAUGACGCAGGAGAGGUUGCAGAGUCUGCUGGAGGAUAUAAAGCUGGAAGAGGGCAUGGAGGAAGAGGAGGUGUCAGAGGAGCUUGUGAAUGCCAUCCUUGAACAAGUACGGAAAGCAGAAAAAGACAUUUAUUCAGUUCCAGGCAGGAGCAGUGAGACGUCUGGUGCAAUCGGGGAGUCAGCAGCCCCUGGCCCCAGCCCGGGCUCUGAGGAGGGCAGCCCUGACAGUCUAGCUGAUUCGCUGGAGGAGCCCCAGGUUCAGACCAACAAACAGAAUGGAGGUCACACUGAAUCAGCCAGGGAAGGGAUGGAAAAGGAGCCCAGGAGGAAGGAAUCCCAGGAGGACAGCAGCACAGCGGGACCAAGCAGAGGAGACGAGGAGGGAGGCAACAAGUCCCAGCACAAAGUCCAGGAGAGUGUUAGAGAGAAGGUGUCCGACUCUGAUGAGGAGACCACUGUCACUACCAGGGUGAUACGCAGACGGGUUGUACUCAAGGGAGAGGAGGCCAGAAACAUUCCUGGAGACUCUGUGACAGAGGAGCAGUUCAUAGAUGAAGAUGGGAAUCUGGUCACCAGAAAAGUGAUCAGAAAGGUUGUACGCAGAGUGUUCAGCUCAGAGGAAAGGAGGCAAAGUGAAGGCGAAUUUAUUGCAGCAGAAGAACCUGUUGCUGCUGGUGGAGGAGGUGUUGGUGGUGGUGUAGCUUCAGGUGGAGCUGACACUGCUUCUUCAUCAGGAGCGGCAGCAAGAGCCACGGGGGGGAAGGGCAAGAAGAAGGGGAAGCGCUCCCGACAUGGCCAUAAGGAGGAGCCUCACAGAGUGAAAACUGAGGUUGCUGUCGAAACAAACUGCCUGACUUACCUGGAAACGGUGCCAACAAGAAACCAGGGAGGAAAAGUCAAUCGUAACAGUAGAGCUCUCAACUACAACUGGUCCACGGACAUCCACCUGUGACCCCCACACACGACCCUGGGAGGAAAAACAGACCGGAGCCAAUGAAACCGGGAGCCAACACGUGUCUGAAGCUUUCGCUUUACAACGCAUGGUUUUCAGCAAGACAACACGUUACUUUUCUUUGAUUUCGCAUGAGCAUGUCACCAAACUCACUCACUGUUGGAAAACAACACCGAAGGACACGCAUGGACGUGAGCUGGAAACUUCUUUAAUCUUCGGCGAAUGAAAGGCGUCUGUGACCAAAGACGGCACAAACAGCGGGGAAAAAGACUUCACUCUCUCAGACACUCGCCUUGUAUGGCUUUAUUUUUUCCUUCUGCACUCAGUAUUGGGGUGCACCAUGUGGUUCUUUUAUAAAACAAAACAAAGGAGAUAUAAUAGUACCUGGGUGUUUUUGUUGUACAUAAAUGACACUGUAUAAAAUCUUUAAAAAAAAGAAUCGGUAGCUUCACAGAUUGUUUAUGCACUGAUUUGAGUUGAUGAAGCUUUGCAGAGCCUGUGCAUUUGUAUUGAGAGGUCGACACUGUUCGUGCAGCCUGGAGUGUGUCACCUGACAUGCUCUUCCCAAAUAUGAAAAGGAACAAAAAAAGCUGUAUGUGAAUGAAACGAAUGGAGAAAAAAAAUGAUGCUUGAUUUUAAACAGAGGACAUUUUCUUUAAAGCCAACAGCUACUCCGCUCUGUCUGAGGGACAUUCUUCAGAGAAAUGAUAUUUUGCUGCAUGUGACGUCACUUUAUUUUUAACGCUUUCCUUUCUUUCUCUUAAUUCAAAGCACUGUAAUACAACUUAGAGAGGGUGUGAUGGUACUUCUGUCUGUGUGAGCACUCAUAGUAACCCAAACAUCUGUCAUCUAUAACUGUUUUUUUUAAUUUGAUUUCUUUUUCUUUUCUUUUUUUUACAAAUGAAAUGACACUCCACAUCCUAGUGACGAGAUACUACAGCAUCCUUCUUAUGCAACGGGAAAGUACUGACACUGUCCAAUGCAUCUUUUAGACUAGCACAUUGUUAGCUCUAGACCGCUAGCAACGCUGUGUGUGUGCGUGUGUGUGUGUGUGUUUGUGUGUGUGAUUAACAUAAAAAAAAAAAUCCAUGCAUACUAAAAGUGUAUGUUUAAGCUUUUAGUUCUACUGUGGUUUUUAAAAGGGGACUUUUACUUUGAUGAUUUUUAUCUUGUUUAUUUGCUUCUAUUUACACGAGAACAGAGAAUCUCAUUUUUAGCCCCAUCACUCAAAUCUAAAUCUUUGUAAUCACACACAAAUCACUGUCAGUUAUUAAAAAUGUGACUUCCUGUUCAUGUGUAAAUCAUUUUUCUGUGUUUUUUUUUUUCAUAUGAAUCCACCCUAAGCAUCCAUUGUUGAUAAUAAAUCUGGUACCAACAUGUAUGACAAACCAACAUAGCCUACACUGGAUGAUCCAAGUAAUUAUUUAAGCAGAAAAAUAAAUUGUGUUUAAACUGAA